UUGCACAAUUCCACUAUUUGGAUCCGUUUGUUUGACUUUUAUUUUGAAGGCUAUUCAACGAUUGUUGCUCGUCGCUAAUGCUGCUCAUGUCACACGGGCGACAAGAAGAAUAGCGUCGCAGUAGCUCCAAACGUUGUCAACAAGUAUGCCAAAUCUACCACGCCGAGCAAGAUCUGUCUGCUGAUGAAUUAAGGUAACUUGAUACCGUCUGUGAUAUUUUAGAUUUUUUUAUGCGAAGAUAUUGCUACGUAAUGGUUAUUUCAGUUUUUGUAGCGAGGGGAAAAGUCAACUCGAUGUUGUUGUGCUACAAUGGCUAGCGCGUUAACGUUAGUUAGGUAACGUAACUGCCAGUGUUAGUAUUAGCUGCCUGCCCGAGUUGGCGCAAAAGGCGUAACUAGCUAAAUCGUUUACGGUAAACAACUGGCUUGCAUGGCUAGCUACAGUAGUGUCUGUUUUGCUGACAAAUCCGGAAUUGGGCUGUCUGCUCGGACAGAGUAACAGUAGUGGAGUUUGUGCACUAACUCUGCCGUGGCUCGUUGGUCCAAGCCAGUGAUUUGUAUAUUGGCCAAAGCCUAUGGGGACAUUUUGUGCUCGUUUUGAUUUCAUCAGUGUUUUAAACAUUGGCUAAAGGUAAUGUGAACUGACUGGUUGUGUCAUAGAAAAAACCGUAUAACAUCUACUCAACCUGUGUUACCCUCAGAACCUUUUAUUUUCUGCUUUAUCCCAAAAAAUAGUUUUUAUUUUUACUUCCCCUGCGCUGCACCAACAAGCCAUGGGGUUACCUCAUUUUCAUUUUAGGACCACAAACUGGCGUUCUAUAGAUACAUCAGUCUUGGAUGCUCGAAUACUAGCUUUUGAUCUGUUAUCUUAGUAGCUAACUAGCUAGUCCGAGUGGUUGUGUUGAUGUGGGCACUUUUUUUUUUUUUUUUUUUUGUCAUAGAUUGAACCAGAAUCUGGCUUUACAGGAGAUGUUGAAUAUCCAAGGCCAUAUUCUGGUCCAGUCAUAGAGGUUCUACUACCCAGCACAGCUUUGUUAAUCCACUAAAUCUAUGCCUACAUUUAUGCCUGUUUUACCAUUAAGUUCCUGGUUUUCCAGCUUGAUUGCGCCUGCAAUUGUCCUUGUUUGUGCCUGUGUCAACUAUGGAGACAACUCAAGUGACUUUGGCAGUUAGGGGAGACACAUCCCCAGGUGAGGUGAUAGCUGUGGUUGGUAGCUGUGAAGCUUUAGGAGGCUGGUGCCAUCAAAGAGCUGUGACCCUACAACCGGUUGAACACGAUGGCACAUUGUGGAAGAGGACCGUCAGUGUGCCCAGAGGUGCUGUGCCAACCUAUCGUUACUUCAAAGGCCACUUCCUGGAGUCAAAGAGUGCAGGUGGUCCCUGUCAGGUGAUAGUCACUAAGUGGGAGACCCAUCAGCAGCCACGUCUGAUGAGCCCCACAGAAUCGCACCUUGAUAUUGACGAUGGCCAAUUUGGAUUCCACAACGGCUCAGUGUGUAUAGACUCUGGGUGGCUGACGUGCCAGACAGAGAUCCGUCUGCGUCUGCACUUCUCCAAGACGUCUCCCGUAUCCAUCACCAAGAAGAAAUACAAGAAGUCUCGCUUCAGGAUCAAGCUGACGCUUGAGGGUGUGGAGGAGGAGGAUGAUGAAGAUGAAGAGCUGGAGCAGAGUGCAGCGUCAUGGCACAAGAUGACCACCACGCUGGAGACCAGUAUGAUCAGUGGAGAUGGGUACAAGUCCCGCCACUCCCAGCCUGAGUGUGGUUACGCCCUGGAGCCCUCACAGUGGACAGAGUACAUCAUCCACUCCAUGGACCCCGACAACCUAGAACUCACCUUUGACUUCUUUGAGGAAGACAUGGGCGAGCACGUGAUGCCAGGGGAUGCCCACCCAGGGACGGCGGGUACGGCCUGCCUCCUCUCCUCAUUCUUCGUGGAGAGUGGCAAGGACACCGGCGUGGUCACUCUGCCCAUCAUGAAACGCAACUCCAGACAGACCCUGGGCAAAGUCCGAGUGGACUUCCUGGUGAUCCGUCCUAUCGAGGGACUGCAGUGUGACAUGAGCUCCUCCUUCACCAAGUACUGGAGGAAGAGGAGUACCCCCCUGGACGUUGGCCACAGAGGGGCCGGGAGCACACACGCAGCCAAACAUACCAAAGUCAGGGAGAACACCAUUGCUUCAUUCAAAAGUGCUGCCAAUCAUGGGGCUGCCUACGUGGAGUUUGAUGUCCAUCUCUCCAAGGACUGUGUCCCCAUCGUGUACCACGAUCUCACCUGUUGCAUCUCUACUAAGAAGAAAGGAGACAAGCACUCGUUGGAGCUGUUUGAAGUGCCGGUCAAAGAUCUCACAUACGACCAGCUACAGCAGCUCAAGCUGGGCCAUGCUUCUGCCUUGAAGGUGAACGACCACAAAGAUGACGACGACGAGGAAGAGGUUGACGAACACCAGCCCUUCCCUUCAUUCUCGCAGAUCUUCCAUGCAGUGCCUGAAAAUGUGGGCUUCAACAUCGAGCUGAAGUGGAUUUGUCAGAUGAAGGAUGGUUCGUGGGAAGGAAACCUGUCCUCGUACUUCAACAUGAACCUGUUCCUGGACAUCAUACUGAGCUGUGUGCUGCAGAGAGCCGGCAAGAGACGUGUCGUCUUCUCCUGCUUCGACCCUGACGUCUGCACCAUGGUUCGUCAGAAGCAGAACAAGUACCCCAUCUUGUUCCUGACCCAGGGCAUCUCUGAGACCUAUCCUGAGCUCAUGGACAUCCGCUGCAGGACCACACAGAUCGCCAUGAGCUUUGCGCAGAGCGAAAACAUCCUGGGUAUCAGUGCCCACACAGAGGAGCUGCUUCAGAACCUGGAGCACAUCCGAGAGGCUCAAUCUAAAGGCCUGGUGGUGUUCUGCUGGGGAGACCUCAACAACGACCACGACAACAGGACCAAGCUAAGGGAGCAGGGCAUCGACGGACUCAUCUAUGACAGGAUCUGUGACGACCAGGUUGAGCAGGCCAACGUCUUCAAAGUGGAGGAGCAGCACACUCUGCAGGAGACUCUGAAGAGCUUUGUGUGUUCCUGCUACUCCAUCCCCUGCCAGGCGCCUAUCUGCGCCGCCAACUCAAAGGUUCACAACGGCAGUGCAGAGUCCGACUCGGGCCUCAGCUCUUCCUGAGCAACUGUCUGCCUCCGAAGGUUGUCUCUAGAUAAGCAUGCUAGACAGGACAGAAGCGGUAAUGAAUAUAGGCAGAAUUUAUGAGCGAGUGUACACUUUUUUUAUUUAAAUUUAUUUUUUUGAGUUACAUAGGAGCUACACUAGACGCUGAGAAAAGUUUUUUUUUUUAACAUGCUACACUGGAAGAGUAACUUUUUGCCAAUGUGAGCCACUUUAUCCUAAUGCAGCUCUCACACUGGAGCACAAUCCUGAAAAUGGAACCAAGCCUCUCACAAAGCUGCUGUUCUUAUUUAAUGGUUUCAUUUAAAUUAGAAGCGUGUCACGUUCUGCAAGAGUUACUCGUCCGGUGUUGCUUCUACAUUAGGUGAUUUAAAAAAAAAAAAAGCCCUUUUGUCCUUUUGUAGCAUGGCCAGAUAUUGACAACCCCUUCCCGAACUGACAUCCACUCUGUCCACUGAAGCAAUAUUCAAGCUGUGUCCAGAUGUUUUCUCGCAGCCGUUUGUUUUAACUGGAAGGAGGGUGUUUUGCCAAAAAUGGCAUCUGGUGUUUGUUAUUAGGACUUCAGUUGAAAGAGUGUGGGAUAUGCACCUCAGUCGCAAUUUCACAAAGGAAUCCACAUGUCUUCACUUAGAAAUUAAUGCCUACUCAAGGAAUUUAUUUUGAGCUUUAUAUUUUAUUAUGCGGAUUUGCGAAAUACAAAUUGAAGGUAAAAUAUACUGUAUAUUAGCUUUUCCAGAUUGAUCUUUUUUUAUUGGUGACAUCUGUGUACACGUAUUGCAGUUCAUGACUGAUAACAGCCCACAGUUUGCCUUCAGCUUGCUGGUUUAAUUUAACUAAGCUGUAGUUUUAUGCGGAUAAUGAUUUACCACACUAGUCUUACUUUUUUGCAUCUGCAUUAUGGUUGUCCGCAUAGAAAUAAGCUAGCAUUUUACAGUGUUAUUUUUGUUAGAUUUACUCAUCUAAUUUUGAAUGGCAGUGGCUACAAUUCAUAAUAGAUUUUCAAUAGAACAAGAGAAUUUGGGACACUGACCAACUCUCUCGCUCAGGUGAUUUUAUUUUAAAUUUGAUGUGCAUUUUAUUUUUUAUUCAAUGGUGCAUUUGAACUCGUGCAAACUGAUAUGUAUUAGGACUGCCCUGAGCUAUGCCAUUAAUGAAGUGUCAUUAUUAGAUGACCAGAUAAUGAAGUGUUGCUACGGGUGCCUAAAUCUGAACAGAUUCAUUUAAUAUUGCUUUAAUGACCUGUUGAAUACAUAUUUGUUUUGCUUUCAGCAUCACAUUAAAAUGUAUGGGUGAGUUGUGAGCUCAAUGUUCACCAUUAGGGAGGGGUAUAUAGGUAACCCUUUGUACUGGCUAGAUCUAAUCCACUUAAUAACUCACUCUAGCUGAUUUUGAAGGGAAGAAACGGUGUUUGCGCUACACAUCAGAAAGCCUUGCUGGGGAAGUUGUAUGAAUGAACUAGUCCGACUGCCACUUGUUUGAAUCUCGUCAUACCUCACUCUACUUAAUGCAAUAGAAGACCAAGAUUGUUUCACAUGGCACAGUUUCCCUGUCACAUUGCAACUCAUUUUUCCUACCGGAUGUAUUUUGUUUGUACAGUCUUUCUUUUUUUUUUUAUGCACAUUGAAGAUGUAACGGUCUAUAUUUCCAAAAUGGUGUACCGUGAUAUAUCCCUGGGAAACAUAGACGCAAGCACUGUCUGAGUUCGUUAAGUAAAAUCACUUUUGAGACUCUUACCCCUACCUAGGUGUAUGGAGUCAUGAUGCAUGCCCUUCAGAGUGCUAUGGGUGACUGGAAUUGAGGGUCACUCAUGUCACACCCUUGAUACUGUCAGGACAAUGCUAGCUAACUGAUAUGAAAUGAAUAAAAUGAUUUAAAAACGUA